CAAAAAAAAAAAAGCAAUAUUUAGCCACCACAGCACAAAACAAGUAGCCAAAAUUUAGUGUUUAUUUAUUAUUGUAAGAAACCAUGGGAAACAGAACAAGUAAAGAACCAGAACCGGCUACUGAGCAAGUUGCCUACUUGAAUUUUAUGAAAAGAUAUAAGAAGCGACACCCCCAUCUAGAUCCGGCAGAGGCUAACCAAAGUGCUGCCAAAGCUUGGGGUAAACUGACUCCAGAUCAGAAAUCCCAAUUUACAGAAAAAAAAUGUCGGUGGGUAAAAAAAAAAGCUCGGCGACCGAAGCCAGUGUCUUCGCCGAUUAGGGCAAAAAAAGCGAAGAAAAAUAAAGAAAAAAAGCUUUGCCGUACUAAAAUACAAAAAAGACCAACUACCCGAUCUAAUAGGGCGGCUUGCAAUGUCAAAAGGCCCAAUCCAUAUUGCAAGCCUAAACGACCAACAAUUAAGGAAAGCAGAUCAUUAACUGGCCACCGGAAAGGCAAAAACUUGCAGGCUUCUCCUGCAAUGAGCACUGGGUUUCUAAAUUUUCUGCGCGAGUUUCGUAAGAGAAGUAAUGAGCCGAACCCUAAAAAGUCUUUACAAAGGGGCGCCCGAGCUUGGUGCAAAUUAUCUAAGGAUCAACGGUUAAAAUAUCAGAAGGCGAGUGACACGUCCAAAAAACGACGGAAAAAACCUGAUUUAUAAAUACUGUUUCUCAAUAAUUAAUCGCAUUUCCUGAGUUAUUGUUUCGGAAUUCCAAUUAAAUAUGGUUUGAGGAAUCAAUCAUGUACAAUUAAUUCAGAAAUAUAUGUACUAUAUGCAAAGAUCACUGCAUGCCAUGAAAA